ACGUCCUACUUAUCCUGUCUUCGUCUCUCUCCUCUCAAAGAGUCUGAUGAUAGAAAGCACCCAAACAAAACAAAAAGUGAAAAAUUCUCCUUCUUCUUCUUCCUGGACUAUUCCCCUUCCCCUCCCUCUCAUCUUCUUCCUCAAUAUUCAGGGUUUUACUGAAGUCCCCCACUCUCUCUCCGGAUAUGUAGCCUCAAUGGGAGUUUGAUGGUUUGCUAGCAUAGUGUUUAUACUUGCAGCGGAGGUGUAAAACUAGCAUCUGUAGCUGUUGCUAUUUACUAAUCUCAAGAUGGAUGACGGUGGCCAUCGCGAAAAUGGAAGGCACAAAGCAGAUCAGUAUAAAGCAGCUCAGGGUCAGUGGUUGAUGCACAAUCAGCCAUCAAUGAAACAGAUAAUGGCUAUAAUGGGCGAAAGAGAUGCAGCUAUUCAAGAAAGAAAUUUGGCUUUUUCUGAGAAAAAGGCUGCCCUGGCAGAGCGUGACAUGGCGUUCCUGCAACGAGACGCAGCAAUUGCAGAACGAAAUAGUGCGAUAAUGGAACGAGACAGCGCCAUUGCAACUCUUCAGUACCGGGAUAACUCCUUAAACAGUGGCAAUGUAUCUUCAUGCCCACCAGGUUGCCAAAUUUCCCGCGGGGUCAAACAUGUGCACCACACGCAGCAGCAGCAGCAGCAUGUACAUCAUAUGCCGCACAUGAAUGAACCUUCUUAUGGUUCGAGGGAUAUGCACACAAGCGAUUCCAUCACAAUGCCACCGGAUGCUUCAGUGCCUACAAAGUCGCGGCAGCCCAAACGACCGAGGGAGCCCAAGACGGUGCAACCAAAUAAGAAACCUUCAAAAUCUCCAAGGAAAGUGAAGAGGGAGAGCGAAGACUUAAAUAAGAUGACAUUUGAUAAAUUACAUGACUGGAAGGGUGGCCAGGAUAUGGGCAGUGGAGGUGACGAUCUUAACAAGCAGGUGGUUGUGUCAAAGUCUGAUUGGAAAUGUCAGGACCUGGGGUUGAACCAGGUUGCGUUUGAUGAGUCAACCAUGCCGGCACCCAUGUGCUCGUGCACUGGUCUCCUCAGGCAAUGCUACAAGUGGGGGAAUGGGGGUUGGCAAUCCUCAUGUUGCACAACUACAAUGUCGAUGUACCCAUUGCCGGCAGUGCCCAACAAAAGACAUGCCCGUGUAGGUGGGAGGAAGAUGAGUGGGAGCGCCUUCAACAAGCUACUUAGCCGCCUUGCAGCCGAAGGCCAUGAUCUGUCAAACCCAGUUGAUCUCAAGGACCACUGGGCCAAGCAUGGAACAAAUCGCUACAUCACGAUCAAGUAGAUAAAAAUUGGGUAGAGCGCAGUCAGAGUCAGGUAGGAGAAGGGAACCUAGUGAUCAUGUAUGAAUUUUAUUUUCAGCUCGAUGGCGGGACGAAAUAAUGAUCCAAUAAUAGACAGUUGGAAAUAGUAUGAUUUGGGAAUGUAGGCAUCUACUCGAGCAAUGUGGCCUUUGAAAAAAGAGUAGGUUGAUAAUGUAGUAAGAUUUUCUGGAAAGCGAAGGCCAGUCUGGUCACGCGAGGAAGAAGGAGGGCCAUUUCGAACCAGUCUUGGCACCGAGGACUCCGACUCCGAUCAUCCCCUGUAAUAAACGGGUUUGUAUUGUAUUAAUAAACCCUAAUUGCCACAUCUUAUCCGUGUAUCUGGCAUCGUUUGUUGAUACAUCUCAGUUGAAUCAUUUCAAGCUUUAA